AUGGGGAGUCCACGACGACAUCGCUCAAGUGACAGUCGUUGGUUUCAUUUUUAUUUUUCUCUAUUGCUGAUUUUCGGGAAACAUGCUUUGGCUGAAUUGAGGUACUCUAUUCCAGAGGAGAUGAAAGAAGGGACUUCUGUUGGAAAUGUUGCAAAGGAUCUUGGUCUGGAUAAAACCUCUUUGAUUGAUCGAAGAUUUCGAGUUGUGUCUGGAUCUAAAGAUGCUUUUUUCGAGGUAAACCCGAACAGUGGUGCGUUACAGAUUCUUAAAAAGAUCGACAGAGAGGAGCUGUGUCAGGGGAGUGGUGUAUGCACAAUGGAGUUGAAGAUCCUUGUUGAAAACCCUUUGGAAAUGCACCAUGUUGUCGUAGAAAUUACUGAUAUAAAUGAUCACUCUCCUAGUUUUUCUGAUAAGGAACAACAAUUUAAAAUAGCAGAACAUACAUCUCCGGGAACCCGUUUCGAUCUGCACGCGGCCCGUGAUCCUGAUGCUGGAAUUAACUCCAUCCGCACAUAUACAUUAACGUCAAACGAUCACUUUGAAAUAGAUGUUAGUCAAAGCGAUGAGGAUAAAACGCCGUAUUUAGUGCUGAAGAAGUCCUUAGACAGAGAACAAAAGAGCAAACAUGUGCUUUUUGUAACAGCAGUUGAUGGCGGUAAACCUCAAAGAUCAAGUACACUAAAUGUUUCUAUAAUUGUUCUUGACAUUAACGAUAACCGUCCAGUGUUUAGUCAGGAUACCUAUCAAGUAGAAAUAUAUGAGAACGUUCCAGUCGGUACUAUUGUUACAAGAGUGAAUGCAACAGAUACAGAUGAAGGGAAUAAUGGAGAAAUAGAGUUUACUCUCAGCAAAACUUUAGCGCGAAAAGUUUAUGACAUAUUUGAAUUGAAUAGAGUAAGUGGAGAAAUUAAAUUGAAAGGUGCUGUGGAUUUUGAAGAAACGGAGAUUUACAAAAUCGAUGUUCAAGCAUCUGACAAAGGAACGCCUCCAUUAACAAGCCGCUGUAGAGUCAUUAUAAAAGUAAAAGACGUAAAUGAUAAUCCACCAGAAAUAGAAGUCACAUCACUCUCUAAUACUGUGUCUGAAGACUCAAAGCCUGGCACAGUGAUUUCCCUUAUUAGUGUGACAGAUAAGGACUCCGGUGUCAACGGAAAAAUAAUAUCAAGCAUAACUUCAGACGUUCCUUUCGAGUUAAAGCCCUCUUAUAAAGAAAACAUUUAUUCAGUUGUCACAAAAGGAUUUUUGGAUCGAGAGCAGGUGUCACAUUACGAAAUAACAAUAAAAGCCACCGAUUGUGGGGAACCUCUCUUAUCUGCUUUCAAAACCCUCAACAUUCAGAUAUCAGAUGUAAACGACAACAAACCAUUAUUCUCUCAAAAUACAUUACAGUUUUACCUUUCAGAAAAUAACGUUGCUGGAGGGUCGAUAUUCUCUGUAAGUGCAACGGACAAAGAUGUAAAUGAAAACGCAGUACUUUCUUAUCAAAUUGGAAGAGGGAACGAACUGGCAAUGUUUCUCAGUGUAAAUUCAGAUAACGGACAGAUUUCGGCGCUAAAAAGCUUUGACUUUGAGACUCUGAAAACGUUCCAGUUCCAAGUUGUCGCCACAGAUUCUGGAACUCCGUCACUAAGCAGCAACGUCACAGUGCACGUGUUCAUUCUGGAUCAGAACGACAACGCUCCAGUCAUCCUGUAUCCGGUCAGCUCUAACGGUUCUGCUGAAGGUGUGGAGGAGAUUCCCCGCAAUGUGAACGCAGGACACUUGGUGACUAAAGUCAGAGCCUAUGACGCUGAUAUAGGAUAUAACGGCUGGUUACUGUUCUCACUGCAGGAAGUUACUGCCCACAGUCUCUUUGGUUUGGACCGCUAUACAGGACAGAUCAGAACACUUCGCUCAUUCACAGAGACAGACGAGGCUGAGCAUAAACUGCUCAUACUGGUGAAAGACAAUGGCAAUGUUUCCCUGUCAGCAACAGCUACUGUGGUUGUCAAACUUGUGGAGCCCAGAGAGGCUUUUGCUGCUGCUGAUGUUAAAAGUGCAACAAAGGAUGAUGAGGAUAAUAAUGUGACUUUUUACCUGAUGAUAACUUUGGGCUCAGUCUCAACACUUUUUCUCAUCAGCAUCAUCGUGCUGAUUGCAAUGCAGUGCUCUAAGUCCACAGACUAUACUUCUAAAUAUCUGCAAGAGACUAACUAUGAUGGGACACUGUGUCACAGCAUCCAGUACAGAUCUGGAGACAAGCGCUACAUGUUAGUUGGACCCAGAAUGAGUAUAGGAUCUACUAUAGUCCCGGGCAGCCAUGCCAACACACUAGUGCUCCCUGACAGAAGGGGGACAUCCACAGAGGUAAGACACAUACAUAUUCCAGCUUCAUGUCCUUUCAUGUAG